AUGCGCAUGAAGAGUCCUGAAGGCGCGCUUACCGCUCUCGACUCGUUCCUCGAUCCUGAGUGUACGGAGACACCAUACGUGGGCGACACCAUACCGCCCGCCCUCAAGGCGCAGGCGCACUCCUGUGCCGCCCUUGCGUACCACGAGAAAGUCUUCGCCACUCCCGCGGAGUGCGCCGAGAUUGUAGUGCAAGAGCGGCGCUUCCAGCGGAAAGAAACGAUGGAGCUGGGCGUCGGCGCGCCGGCGUUUGCGCACUUCGUCGUCGCGCUCGACCACGCCAACCAAAGUGUCCAGCUCGGCCUCGUCUCCCCCAUCGUGCUGAGGCUCGGAUUCAUGAUGCGCGACAUCGGGACCUCGCUCGGGGUAGACCUCUCGCAGACAGUCCGCAGCAGGCGUUUCCGCCCGCUUUGGCGCGCGGUGGACCGGAGGUUGGAAGAGAUAUAUGUCGAGGAGUGGAAGAAGCAGAGGAGGGUCGCAAGGGACCCUGCGGCGUAUGUGUGUGCGGCGGAGGGAUGUGGUAUACGUGGGGAGAAGCGGCAAGCGCUGCGGUCAUGUGCGGGGCGGUGUCCUCCUGGCUUGAAACCGCGCUACUGCAGCAAAAAGUGCCAGAAACAGGAUUGGUCGAGGCAUAAAUCUAUCUGCAAGCCUGGCUAUGUCGGGGAGUUGCCCUCCAUCACGGGGCCGGCGGAAUCCCUGGCUCGCGGUAUCUUUGAGCUAGGGGAUUCCGUGGAUGGCGAGGAUAUGGAAAACACGUCUCCUCCAGUUGCGGGUCCCUUUACAAGCACCGCAGAUGACAGGGACGAAAUGCCGUUCAGACUACGCCCGGCUGGCCCGGGGCAGUUUAUCGACAUGCCGGCGCCCAACGCCCCCGGUGGUUCGAUUCGCCUCACUUCGAACACACUUGAUGCGGAAACGCUGCGGGUCAUCCGCGAACGUGCUCGCAUGCGUGCUCGAGGACAGGGUGCCGGCUGA